CGCCCCAGCCCUCCGGCCGAGCCCCGCUCCACCCCGCUGUGCCGAGUUCCUCCGCUUCCUCGUGUGCCAGGAGGCCCCGCCCGGGCAGCAGUGACCCCGGGCCCGGGGCAGCGCGGAGCGUCCCACUUCAGGCCUACUCCGCGACUCCAGGACUGGUCCCGGAGGGCGUUGCUUGUGCGGGAAGGGGGUGCGUGGCGGUCUGGGAGCAGGGCCGAGGGCUCCGGGGCGGCCGUAGCGGGAGCGGCGCAGGUAGGAUCGCACAGCCGGGGGCUGUGACGGGGAAACGGUGCUUGUGGUGCGGCUCCGCGGGAGCGCUGCGCGUCGGGGCGGAGAGCGGCGGCCGGAGGGCACGGUGAGAGCCACGAGAGGUCUGGGGGCAGUUGGGGCAUUUCUCUGAGUCACAAGGCGGAAGGGUAUCAACGAGUUACAGAGGUCCCGCUCUGCUCUUUCGAUGCCCGGCCUUUCAUUCCUUCCUUCCUUCCCCCCCAUCGACUGUUUCACUGAAUUGGUUUUCAUUUAAAGAGCCACUAACUUCCUCAGGUUCAGCUUGAGCUCAUUCAUUAGACAAUUAGACAAUUAGACAAUUUUUCUGAAUGAGAAGAACAAAUUUAAAUUUUAGACUUUCCCCAGUUAAGAGCUAUUUGUAAACACCCCAGUUUCCUUUAUAUGCAGAAAGCUGUUCCACCAGGCUCUUUGUGGAGCUGCAGGUCUGCUAUUCAGUCUAACCCAGCUCAGCCAGCGUUGGUGAGUGCUGCGGUUUAGGAGAGCCCAGGGAUUAGAUAUGGAAGGAGAUCACACCAAUGUCCACAGUGACAUGAGACAGCCCAAGAGCAGAUGUGUGGGUGUUCCUAGCCUUCCUGGGGUUUGAAAGGGCUUUAUUUCCCAGCUUGCCACUGCAAAGAGCAAGAACAGCUGGAGGGGCCCUGGAGGAGACAAGUGCUUGGCUUUACCCAAAUACAUGAUUAAUGUAGCAGUGACUUUAAAACAGUUGUCUGUAAUGUGAAAUGAAUGUGAAGAACUUACUCUUUGCUUAAUAACAGAGUUGGAAUUAUGUGUGUAGCAUGUCACAUGCACUGGCAUUUUUGUAAGCAGUUAACAUGGGGAAAAAAAAAACAGAGCUGUGAGAGCCUGGGAGUUCUCUGCCCCAUUGUUUCUCAGUGUGUUGUCCCAUGUUCUUCUCAUAGGUUCAUUUGCUCCACUCUUCAGGACAGAGAUAUCUCACUUCUGAGACGAAUCACUGAGCUGCAAAAAGCUAUUGCUUGCAUGGUACAGGAAGUACAACCAGGACAUUGCAGAGCACUGCAGGGAAAUAAACCUUGAACCUAAAUGCUGUAAUAUGCUUUUUCCAUUCAUGCUGCUUCAGUCCAUCAUCUUGGCCACCAGCUGAUGAGAUGGCACAGAGUGCUGAGGUCCAGCCAAGCUUUGAGGACAUUUUUAAUAUUAACAGGGAUGCUCAGAGGGACACACUCAAUAGCAUCCCGGUUGUAGAUCAGGAAAGAUGUGGCUCAGCUAUCAGCACUGUGGAUUCAGAUAGUGAGUUUCAGACACUGAGAUCUGAUGUGAGCACAGGAUUUCUCCAUAUGACCAGCCCAAACAGCAUGGUGAAAAGUUCCCCAGUGAAGAUUAGAAACACUUCAGACCCUUCAGGCCCACAGACCUUGCAAUCCUCAGGGAUCUCCAAUUCCUUCACCAAUCUCCUGAUCAGUCAAUCGCCAACAGCUAUUUUUCACAUGCCGACUCCUUCCUGUGAGUCCAGUCGGCUGUGUGAAGAGAGCACCAGUGAUACUGGACAGCCUGAUGGAGAGAGAGAGAGCCACAGCCUGCAGGAAAUGGGCAGCCCCAGCAGUCAUUCCACUCAGGACACAAAUCCCCAAGUCCCCCAUCUGGGGAAGACACUGCAGGUCAGUUCCUGUCAUCCAUCUUUCCCUAUUGUUGAAACACAGCUGCCCACACUGGGUGCUGUGGGCCAACCUGUUGAGAGUAAUGAUAUUUCCAGCACAGUGAUAGCAGAACCUCAGGUACCAAAAAAAAGCAGAGACCAAAAGCAAAAAUUAUCUACAAGUCUUCCCUAUUCAAGAACGACAAUAAAUACUAGUCCUGCUUGCAUACCCGUAGAAGACUCCUACAUUCCAGCAGGCACUUCCAACUCUGCAGCUGCUUCCCCUUCAGUUUGUUCCUUUCCUCCUCAAACCUAUUUCUCUUCAACCAUUCCCCCUCCUCUUCAGAGCGUUCCUUACAACGUACCAUUUCCCACUCCCCUCCACUCAUCCCCCUUUCCAACUGGCCCUCCUCCUUUAAAAACUGUGGAAGCAGCACUGGCACCAGAGCCCAAUGGUAAAAAGAAAAAGUUCUUCACUUUUGUUGUUCUUCAUGCUUGGGAAGAUGAGCAUAUUGCCUGUCGCAUCAAGGACCUGCUGGAGAACAUGGGGGUUCCCAAUGGUGCCACAUUCUGCGAGGACUUCCUCGUUGCAGGACACAACCAGUUGACCUGCUUUCAGGAUGCUAUGGAAAACUCUGCUUUCCUCAUCCUUCUGCUGACCAAGAACUUCCUGUGCCACCAGUGUAUGUUUCAAACAAACUCAGCUCUGAUGGAGUCCAUCCAGCGACCUUCCAAGUACAACUCUGUCAUUCCUUUUGUACCUAAGGAGAAUCCAUUAGAGCGGAGUCAGAUUCCCAGCAUGCUCAGUGUGCUGGUGGCCUUGGAUGAGAACUCUCCUGUGUUUGCCAGGACAGUGCAGAACACCUUUACCCCCGAGAAAAUCAAUGAAAGGAAGGCCAUGUGGUGCCAGAUACAGCAAGUCCAAGAGCAGAAAAGGAAACUAGAGCUAUAUCAGGAUCACUGCCAAACACUGCAGAACUUAGGUGCUCUGACUGUUGGCUCCCUUCCCCAGAUGUCUCCAUCAGCAGUGCAGCUGAGUCAGUCAAGCCUAGAGCAGCUGCUGAAACAACUCCUGCCUCUCCAGUUAUCCCAACAGUGCCAUCCCCUGACGUCUGUCUCUGCUGCCACACACCCACUUCUCCAGGCUGGUCAUCCCACAUCUGCUCAGCUGGGUCUCUCUCCUUCCCAACCACCUAAUCUCCCAUCAGGCCAGCACUACAGGUCUGCAGAUCCAGGAGGUGCCCAUCCCAUCAUCAUUCAACAUGCUCGAAUGGUUCAGAUUGGGAACCACAACACAAUGCAUGUGGAAACUGCUGCACCAGGUCCACAGGACAGUGGGGAAGAAUCCAGGGAGAAUGCUUAAUCAGAGAUGCAGGUCAGCCAGAAUCAUCCACUCUUCAUUUCAAACCCUAGACUAGAGAGAUUCUGUUGGAAAAGGGACUGCUCUGAUUUCACUGGGGGUUAAUAGCCUCUAUUUCUUGGAGCACAGGAGAAAAGUGCCUUCUUUUACAAAGAGAUUCUCAUUUCCUAAGACUACUAUCCAUUUGCUUAUUUUCCUUCAACCGAGCAAACAAUUUUCUUGAUUUUCUGAGGAUUAACUGAAAGGUUUGAUAAAUAAAUUUUAAUUAAUUUAUAUUUCUCCAGUUGUUUCCUGUAAAAUCAGAAAAGGGACAGCUGAGGAUAUCUCUGUAUGUCUGUAGCUUUUACAUGGAGGGGGCUGGGAGAUAGCACAUCUGGAUUAUGUUUCAUAAUCUGCUGCUGACCAAGUCAUUUGAGGGAAAAUCUUCUGAGAACUCUUUGGGGAGUCACCGUGGCCUCCUGUGAAGGUGCUCUGCACUGCAAGGUCACACUGUUUUCUUCUGGCUGCUCUCUUUGCUCAUGGUUGCAAUGUGGCCUGCUCAUAUCAGCGCCUAGUUUGUGUGCAUGGCACGCUCCCCUUGCUGCUGUGCAGCACCAUUUCCCCCAGCCUCACAUCAGACCUAAGAAAAUUCAUGAAACUUGCUUCAAAAACUUCUGAGAGGCUGUAGGCCCCUAGGCUGAGGUAUCAGGAGAUCACUAUUCUCCGUUCUCCCCUGAAACUGCAAAGAGACAAGCUUUGUGUUUGUGGGACAGAAUUCCUACAUGCCCCUAGAGGCAUGGUUUAAGAAAAAUAUUUUUGUUUCUAAGAAAACUGUUAAACUCAAAGGACCAAGAUUAUACACCACGUAUGAGGCUAAACAAGAACUUUACAGUAAAACUGCACAUUGAGAAAAACAAACAAACAAACAAACAAAAAAAGAAAACCACCAAAGGUAGAAUGCAAAGGGAGAAAAUUUGGAGAAAGUCUGAGAAAGCAGGAGCUGUGGGUUCUCCUUUAUCUGUUUUUAAAAGUUCAGAGAUGGGAUUAGGCCCUGCUAGACUGGCUGUUAUACAUAGAAAUAUGCUCUAUUGAGAUUAUUCCUUCUAUUUAUGUUACCAGCAUUGUGGGAAAAGUUUGACUCAAAACCAGAAGUGUUGAGCAGAGCAUUACAAGAGUGGAGAAAGGCCAGUGACAUGGGAGAUAUUCUGCAGGAUCUGGGCAAUGGCUCUAUGAGGCAGACCUCUACUAGGCUUUUAGCACAAGGAUGGCAUCUGAAGCACAAAGCCAACCUGCUUGCUCAGCCUGAUGGGUGUUGCUAUGGCCAUUUGCCUGUUCUGUCAGCAGAGGUCAGACCAAAGUCACUAAGCGUCUAGAAACUGUUUCCUCUGCCAAGCAGACUCAAACUAACAGCAUCAAACUCCAGACCGUACUGGCACUGCUCCAGGGUCCAUGCAAGCUGUAGGGCAGCUCACCCUACUCCUCACCCUUGGAAAAGCCAGAGAACUACCAAGUGCCUAUUAAAGACAGCCUUCAGGGCCAGUGCAAUUGAUACACAGCAGGUGACUCCCAUUCCUGGUAUUUCUGCUGAUGUUUGUGUGCUCAUGUCACUCUGAAUACUUGCCCUGGCAUGUUUCAAAUCAAGGGAAGCCAGCGUUGUCUGGAAGCCAACAAGCAGGACUACUACAGGCCAUCCUGGUCAUGUACUAUCCAAGCAGAGUGCCCAGAGGGUGAUAGAAGACUCAUGAGUCUGUUCAUAGAAUAUCUAUCUCCCUCCCUCAACGGAGGCUUAGCUCCUCCUGGGCCUCCUUGGCUAGGACCUAGUGCAAGACAAAGGGCCUUGGACAAACCAAAGCUCUCUCUGUCCUGCUUGAGCUGCCAUCAAUUGCUGGCUUCCAGCUUUGAAACAGUUUGGCUUCUAUUUCUCACACUGACCCAGUAAUAAAGGAUUAACUCAUUUAUGCUUUACAGAGCCUGCUGGAAUUCUCCUGGUGGUUGCAUUCUUUCUAAAGAUGAUCCUAUUUUUUUUCUCUUCUCUACAUCACCUUUGUUAGAAUAGGCAUUGUAUUACUGCAACACUGUCACUGCAGUUGUGCAGCCACCAGGGCAGCCCCUCUCCUCCAGAGAAAGCAUAUACCUCACUCUUGCUCCAUUUAUUAUGCUUUCUAUAAAUAAACACUAUGCAAACCUGGUCAGCUGGAAGCAGCUCUAGUUUGUAAACAACCUUAACAGUCACAAGAAGUUUGCUUGGAGUGGAGAAACAGAGAAAGACACAGCAGCAGGCAGUAAAACACUCUGCAGGGUGUUUUUUUUUUAAGCUUAUUGUGCACUGAUUUCCAAGUGACUCAAAAGGAGUGACUGCCACAUAACAGACAAAGCCCUAUUUCAACUGCAGCACCAGGUUCACUCACUCCACAUUUUCAGGGCUGUCUUUACUCUUGCUCAUCAUGGAAAGGAAGCUUGUCACUCUUUGUUUUCACCAACAGAACAUACAUGUGCUUGUGGCCCUUUGAUUUUUCCCCAGUUUCUCUGUGAAGCUGAGAAAUGCUCGACAAUGACCAAGCUAUUGCAAAUUAUUUUUGAGGAACAAUCUGUGAAGGGAAAAACUUUCAAAUAUUUUAUCCAUCUUUUCCUGUCCUGCCCAGGGAAGGCUAUUUUUGAAAUCCAAAUCCUUGUUGAGAAACUAGCUUCAGUAACUUUAAUUCUUUCGCUUUGCUUUUCAUCUCCCACUGAUAAGCCACCCCGCCCCCCCCACACUGGGGCUUAAAAAGCCCACUGGGGCUUAAAAACAAAUUGAUGACAGCACACUGCACCCGUCUUCCUGCCUGUCCUGACUGUGUAUAAGGCAAGUAAAUCUGAGUCAAAAGAUUAUCAACCCUUCCUACUUCAUUUACAUCAAAAGACAAAGCAAAGUAUAUGAAGAUAUGUCAUUCAAGUAUCACUGUUAUCCUUUUUCAGGGGAAAUGUUUGCAACUGCAGUGUAGAUUAACUCUUCCCAUGAGUAAAUUCAGAUGAAAAGAAAGAGAAUUACCAUAUCCACAAGCAUACCAUUGCUAUGAAACAAGGAUUUGAAAAUAGAGGCUCACCAGCAAGAAGUCCAAGGCACUUACAUUCUAGCAGCCUUUUUUUUUUUUUUUUUUAUUUAAAGUUAAGAGCACUCAUCAGCUCACAAAUUAACAAAUUCCAUUCCUGCAUCUUAGAUCAAGUUUCAGCCAAACUGAGGGGGAAAAAAUGCAGCAAAACUACAUCUCAGUAAAAGUUAGAACUCCUUACUUUAUAAAUAGAAGUUAUAGUUAACACUGCAAAAAUGUAAUGGCAGAUCUCUAGUAUCUUUGAGGGGCAGAGAGUAUUGGAUUAUUGAGGCUUAUGAAUAUGCUGGCUUAUAAAUACACAUAGAGAAGCUUCAGAAGCAUAUAGCGCAUGGCUGUUUACCGGGGUUCUGUACUCCCAAUCUUGACAUUUCUCAAAGCUGAGGCAGCCGCUUCACCCUCAACGCACUUUCCGUUCUGCCCAGACCAAAAAAGGAGCCAGAGGGCGCCAAAGUCCCUCCUCCUGCAAGAUAAACUGCUUGAACAGCAUCAUGUUUACACCAAGAAGGGUUCUGCUAAUGAAGGCAAAUACCUACCCCAAGACUAAAAAUUCAAAGAGAAAAAAAAGUUGCAUGCAGAUUCUAAUUAGAGAAAUGAGCUUGCCAGUAGCCAGAUGAGAUUUCAAAUUCUAUUCCUGAUGUAGCACCACCACCCUCAGUAAAUAUAUGGAAAGAAUCAGAAGCCAAAAAAACAGGUAUUAACAAUCCACUUCAUGUAGGUCUUCAAAAUGGGAUACUAACAGAGCCCCCUGGUUAAUAUCAAUAAUCCCAGAAGGCACCUUUAACUUACAUCUCUUUCUUCUUUCUUCCUUCUUCUUUCAUACAAACAUGCCACACUCGCUGACUCAAUUCAGAAACGCUAAGCACUACCCAUACUCACACUGUAAGUACUUCCCAUCCUAAAGGGGUCUGCCAGAAUACAUCCUCAGAGAUGGUUAAAAGUGCAUAGGCUGGGCUCUGAAACCUGGCUAUAUUCAUUCUGUACAGCUCAAUGUGAUCACCUGCUGACUCUGGAGCUAAAGGACCCCAUUUGGGAAAGGGAGUUAAUGUGUGCAGAAUGGGCAAGGCAAAAGCUUGAAUUCCACAUUAGCAUUUUGUUUCUGAGGUCACAGGUUUUCUUC